ACCCACGGCAAGGCACUGCGGACCCCAACAGACGGGUGCAUCUUGCUUCUUAUCCGGCAGGGGACGUCACUGCCACGCACUGCUGCGCCUUGCUUCCAAACCCCCAGAGGGAGCAGGCGGAGCGGAUGGGGGAAAGCCCUGGGCUGUGUCUGGCGGCCGCCGCCGCUCUUUGCUGACUGCUGGGUGGGCGCUCUCGCGUGGUCACUGCGUCGUGCGCGAGCCACUUUAUCCCCGAGCGAGGAAGGAGGAAGCGUGGCAUCCACCUCUUCAUCCAUGCUCAAGUCAGCUGUCGCCCAUCCUGCUCUCUGUCAUGCUUUCAAAGACCUGCGCAGCAAUAUAUAAAGAGGACUUGAAUCUGCGCAGGUAGUCUUUCUUGAAAAUCGCGCUUUGCCCUGAAUUGCUCAGCUGUCUGGUUAUUGGGCAGUUACACACUGAAGAAUUUAUACUGGAGGGAAAAAAAGAGUCGAGAAGGGACCGCCGCUCUAGAGAAAAAGAAACGCCGCCGCUCCUCUGCGAUUAUUAUUCUUUAAUUGCAAACGGCGCUGGACCAUGGCAGACGAGGAAAAGGCUCUCAGCGGCGGCAGCAGCAGCAGUCCUCGAGGGGCCGUUGCCGAGCCUUGCCUGGGCUGCUGCGAGAGCAGCCGCUGCAACGUGCUGAGCUGGGAACAAGUGCAGCGUUUGGACCGCAUCCUGAGCGAGACCAUCCCGAUCCACGGCCGCGGCAACUUUCCGACGCUGGAGAUGCAGCCACGGCAGAUCGUGAAGGUCGUGCGGAGCCGCCUGGAGGAGAAACGCAUCGGCGUGCGAGAUGUGCGCCUCAACGGCUCGGCGGCCAGCCACGUCUUGCACCAGGAUAGCGGCCUGGGCUACAAGGACUUGGACCUCAUCUUCUGCGCCGACCUGAAGAGCGAAGGCGAAUUCCAGACCGUCAAAGAUGUGGUCUUGGACUGCCUUUUGGAUUUCUUACCGGAAGGAGUUAACAAAGAGAAGAUCACCCCGCUGACCCUGAAGGAAGCCUAUGUGCAGAAAAUGGUGAAAGUGUGCAAUGAUUCAGACCGAUGGAGUCUCAUCUCCUUGUCCAACAACAGUGGCAAAAAUGUGGAGCUGAAAUUUGUGGACUCCCUGAGGAGGCAAUUUGAGUUCAGCGUAGAUUCUUUUCAGAUCAAGUUAGACUCUCUUCUUCUUUUUUAUGAAUGUUCAGAGAACCCAAUGACCGAAACUUUUCACCCAACCAUCAUUGGGGAGAGCGUCUACGGGGAUUUCCAAGAAGCCUUUGAUCACCUCUGCAACAAGAUAAUUGCUACCAGAAACCCAGAAGAAAUCAGGGGCGGUGGUCUUCUUAAGUACUGCAACCUCCUAGUAAGGGGCUUCCGGGCUGCCUCAGAAUCUGAGAUUAAGUCCCUCCAGAGAUACAUGUGCUCAAGGUUUUUCAUUGACUUCUCAGACAUUGGAGAACAGCAACGGAAGUUGGAGUCGUACUUGCAGAACCACUUUGUGGGACUCGAGGACCGCAAGUAUGAUUAUCUGAUGACCCUUCAUGGUGUGGUAAAUGAGAGCACGGUGUGCCUGAUGGGACAUGAGAGGAGGCAGACUUUAAAUCUUAUCACCAUGCUGGCCAUCCGUGUCCUAGCUGAGCAAAAUAUCAUCCCCAAUGUGGCCAAUGUCACUUGCUACUACCAGCCAGCUCCAUAUGUAGCAGAUGCUAACUUCAGCAAUUACUAUAUUGCCCAGGUUCAGCCAAUGUUCCCAUGUCAGCAGCACACUUACUCUACUUGGUUGCCCUGUAAUUAACAACCGUUUUCUCAGACUUGGUGGGGAACAUGUUUUCUAUCAAGCAAAUAAAGGGGGAGGGUGCCAUGGGGUGGUUUUUGUGCCAUGGUGAUCUGCUCUAGCUUUUAAGCUGGAGGAAAGCUGAUCAUUCUUCUCCUUAAUGUAAUGGAGCAUGAAUUAGAAAAGAACCAAACACUUCUUGGAUUCCACCCCAGAGCACAAGAGGCCUGUCAUGAAAAGCAAAUAGUUCCCCUUGACUUAAACCAGGGAGGAAUGCUUGAUGACAAUAUGGGUUGGCAAAGCCUGCUCCCAUAGCUAUGGCAUAGUGAACAUUGGGAAGCCUUUAUUUUUUUAAUGGGAUCUUAAAAAAAAGAAAAAGGGAGAAUAUGACUGGCGGGUGGGGGGAGCUAAAUAUGUGUUCAGGAAUUUAAAAUUAGAGGCAUAAUAGAAAGAUAUACACAUUGGAAUAAGAUGUCUAUGGGAAUUACUGCCUUUGGGGCAUGCAGUACUGUCAGUGGUCUGAUCCCAUAGAAUGUAUAACUUGCUUGAAUAGAAUGCUUUAAGAGAAACAGCUUGCUCCAAAUGAACAGCAGUAGAUUGGUACAGUUAUUUUAAAAAGAAAAAAUGAGGGUGGGAAAGAGGGGGGAGAUUAUGACAAAUUUUAUUAUUUCCAGCUGUGUUCAUGCUUCACGUUGAAAAAAAUGUGGAAAAGCAAGAAAACCAGCUGUAGCAAGUAACAUAUGCAUUAGGACCAAAGAUUUCACAGAUAAGUUAUCCAAGCAAAGGAGGGGACACAGUAGACUAUUAAAAAUUACUAUAUUUGUACACACAAAUAUUAAACAAAAGUGCCUGAUGCCUUCAGAAAAUUUGAAGUGAGAGAAAUAUAGUUUUGUGGUUUAACCUUGCAUUUGUUUUUAUCAGGGACACAAGAAACUAAAAAUAAGCUUGUGAAUAAAUGGUGGAGGAAAUGCCUAAUGUAUGUUUUUCCUAAAUACCUAUAUAAAGUUUAUAUUGUUGGUGUGAUGUUAUCAUAGGUAUGCGUGUGUAUGUGUGUGUUUAUUGUGUGUUUGUGUGUGUGUAUGUGUGCGUGUAUUGUGUGUGUGUGUGUGUGUGUGUAUACACACACACAUACAUAUCAUGUGGUGUGUGUGUAUACACACACACAAUAUUUUAAAUAUGGUGAGGGAAAAUGUAGCAAUUUAAAGGAAUGUUUUAAAAUAAAAUUCAGUGUGUUUUCCAGCCUGCAACAGGAUGUUAUAAUACUGUGGCCACUUUGCUGAGAGAAUUAUUAUCCUGCACCAGAAAAUCUGGAUAAAUGAAGCAGUCAUAAAUAAAGUGGGAUUGAUUGUUGCACUGGGUUGAAAGAAAAGACCUUAUACUAAAUUCACUGGGUGACUUGUGAGCCACAACAGUUUCAUAUCUGGAUAAACAUUAUAUUAGUUGAUCCUUUGUUCUCAUAACUUAAUAUGGUCUUGCUAUAUCUCACUAAUUGCAUGACUUCACACCUUGAUGAUGUAUAGACCACCACCACCAUUGGAAUAUGACUCACAGAGAGCCUGCUUAAACUCCCCUGACAGCCAAAGAGUAUUGUUUUAGUUGGACAUUUGAAUACUAAUUAUUAAUAUUUAGUUUUUAAAAAGAAUGCACUGUGCAUUCCAGGACCACUACAAGUUAGUAAAUGUGAGAUGAACUAUUAUAAAAAGUCUUGAAAGAAUGUUUCUAGUAUAUUUAUAAUACAACUAAUAAACAUCAUCUGGUUGUUACUCUGCAUUUUCCAGUUUAGUACUAUACCUUAUUUAAAAUGAAUCAUUUUUGCAUUGGAACAAGUAACAAUCACUUUUCUCUCAAGAGACCAGUGGAGAGCUGGAAAAUAAUCUUCCUGUAGUUUCCUCCUGUACCACUGUAGUGAUUAUCGCCCAAAGUUUGACUUGUGGUGUUUACUCCUCCACUGGUCUUUAAAAGCAAACAAAAUCAAACUGAACAUCUCAGUCCACUGAAUGCAGAGUUAAGCACGCUUAAGCCUGUUUAAAUUUAUGGGCUCAAAUGCACUAAAAUGUUCUGUUGAAUGUGGCCUGUGUGUUUUUUAUUAAGAAAGUUGAUUACUGUUGUUUCUUAAUGCUAAACAAGGAAGUAAAGGUUGCAGUUCUGAAGAGGAAAUUGAACUGUCAUUUCCAGUUGUUCAGUGCUGCAUGUACAGCUCCAUGUUAAAGCAACAUAAAAUGCUUAAAGAAGAGGGAUUAGUAAAUUGCUAACCAGGAAAUAUGAUGUCACUUUAUCUCCAUAAAUCUACUGGCAAUAUAUUUUACAAUUUUAACUGGUAAAUACUUUUUCUGCAUUUACCAUCCUUUUAUGUCUGAAGGCCACUCUAACAGGAGCCAGUUUGUGGACUCCAUCCUUUCCCCCUGUGAAUUCUGCAGGAUUUGAGAGGAAAUAUCCUUGUCAAUCACCGUCUGGAUGUGGAAGCCCCCAGUUGCAACUUUGGCUUUCCUUCCUUCUGAUGCUUUUUAACUGCAGCCCUUUUUUUUGUUUUGUUUUGUUUUGUUUUAAAUGUGUGGUCAGUGCUCAGUUAUGAAAACAAAAUAUUUGUUUCCAUUGGCUCAUUGCUAUCACCAGCAUGCAGGAGGGAGAUACCCUUGUCAAAAUCAGAUUUUAGCCUGUAGUUGUUCAGAUGACUCUCUGAUGGAAGCUGUGAAGAAGGCUGGGGAAAUAGGAUCAGCUGGUAAUGUGGCAUGUCCUUUCAAAAAACAAAACAAAACAAAAACCACAGCUAUUUUGCUGCAAAUAAAUGAGUCAUCCACUACUGAGAAGGGUUUGGGGAUCUGUGGCAGUGCCUCAGCCACAAAAUGCUGAUAAUACAGGACAUAUUUUCCUUAAGAACAGCCUUUUCCAUCUUCUUCUUUUUCUUCUUUUUAAAAGAUUAUUGUUAGGCUGAGGGUUACAGUCCCCCCCCCCCCUUGUCGUUCAAAUUUUAGUUAUGGUUUAUGGCCAACUGCGGAUGCGGAUCUUUUUGGUGAAUGCUGUAAGGCUCCAAUCAUUUUGACAUUUUGAUAAGUAGAAAUGAUUUCUCUCUUUACUACAAGGGUUCAGUGGGUUCUUCUCUUAGUCCGUAUGCAUACCCAAGUAGUGAGACUCAGAAGGCUUUGUUGUAAUUGGCUGGUUGUUUUUGAAAGAGUGUCUGGUGUUAGUGAUGGGGAGAUGCCAUGACUCCAGGCCAACACUAAAAUAAGGACACCUUUUCAAAACUUGUUGGCCUCUGCGGUUUGCUCACCUAGCAAACUGCUAGGCAACAUUCCCUAGCUUCACAGCCCUCUCCAAGUUUAAUAAACUAAUACUUUCAUAAUACUUUCACAUGGAGAAAAUGCUUCAUAAUCUUAAGGCUCCUGUUCUCCUAUUCAUUCAGCAGAAUUUAAGUUUAAAAUGUUUUCUUAAGAAACAAGGCUUCUUUUUGCAAUGCUAACCUAAUUUAAGUUGUUGAGCUGAUUACAAGCAAGUGGUUUGUUUGUCUGCUGGGUUAAUUGUGAAUUAAGUGAGGACCUAGACUUGUUUGGGCACAAUCCACAGUAUUUUAAUGUUGGUUACUCUGAAAAUGUUGUCCAUGUCCGCUGUGUGGACCCCAGGUGAUCACAUAUCUUUGUUACACCUAUGUAAAUAUCACACUCAUUUAUUCAAAUAGUUCAUUGUCAGCCUCAGGCCAUUCAGAUAAAUGUACUGUAUAUAUAUAUAAUCUGUAAUAUGCAAAAACAAAAUCUUUGAAAGGAAGCAAACAGAACUAGAAGACACAAAUGCCAGCGGGAUUCUUGUUUGAAUAAUUCUUUUAUUUAAAUGCUUUAAAACCUUUUUGCUGCUAUGUAUUGUACAAAAUUUCAUGCACAGCUUAUAAAUGCCUGCUGUACAAUGCUUUAUAUGCGUGUUGUGUUAUAUUGAAGGCUCAUCAACUCAGAGAAAGCUUUAAAUUGUUCAUGAAAAGUAAAAUAAGUAAGGAAAAAGAGAAAGAGAGGGAGAUAUAUCUAAUGACAUAUUCAGCACUUACUUUUUGUUUUGUUUCCCCCUGGUUUUUUUGUUUGUUUUUUUGGGUGUGUGUGUGUGUGUGUGUGUGUGUGUGUGUGUGUGUAGGGGGCUUUCUGACUUCCACUGCAAGGAAGAAAAUCCAUUUACAGGUUUUGCUGUUUGCUUUGUUAGCAGGCUAUUAUUGCAGCUAGUUAACUAUCCAAAAGGCCUACAGACUUCAAGUCAGUUUGGAUACAACACCACAAACACUUGCAGUCUGUGGGAAGUGAUGCCAAUGUUGCUCCCCUUCAGAAUUCCACAUAACUGUUGUCUUCAGUGAGACAUCCUGUUGCAGCAAACUGCCUCCUGAACUGCUCUUUUGGAACUGUUGGGCUCUCAGUUCUGUUGGAAGCUGAAACAAAGAGCAGGUGGAAAAUAGACACUUUUGACCAACAAAAGCGUUUGCUUCAGUGCUAGAGAGAACAGAUUGUGAAUUUUGUUUACAGCAUCCAAUAUUUGGAUUUUUUUGUAAAUAAAAAUGAUGUUAUUUUUUCUA